UUUUAGUGAUCAGUUCUGCUUGCAUCUGCGACUGAACUGCACACAGAGAGAGAAGUUCCCAUACAGCCAGAGAGAGAGAGUUAUUCAGAGAGACAGAGAGAGAGACAGAGAGAGAGACAGAGAGAGACACAAGGAGAGAGAGACCGAGAGACAGAGCGGUUUAUUCCUCAGAGAGGUUUAUUCCUCCACACUCCUGUGACUAAUUCACUGCAGAACAGCAGAACCAGAGAAGGAGUCAUGGCGAAAGACCAGUACACCAGAGACCUGGAGAAGCUGAUCAUGGAGCAGAGAGACACAACGUCCAGAGUGCUCAAACAGUGGACAAUCGAGAAGGCUGAAUGGGACGCGGAGAAAAAGAAGAUGAAGCUGGAAAUCGAAGAGCUGAAGAAGGAAGGAGAGAGGCUCACCCUGAGAAAGAAGAAAGAGGAAGAGCAGAUGCACUCUAAAAAUGUGGGAGAUGUGAAGGAUCUCCUAGAAAUGAAACAGGUGCAACAAGCCAUGGAACGCCUUCAGAAGUCAGAGAAGGAAAAAAGAGAUCGAAUCCUGCAGGCCUGGACUGUGGCAAGUAAGGAAUGGGAGGAGGAGAAAAAGAAGAUGAAGCUGGAAAUGGAACAGCUGAAGAAGAAAGACAAAGAGCAGACGGGAGAUGUGAAGGAUCUCCUAAAAAUGACAGUAGUGCAGAAAGCAGUGGAUCUCAUUCAGAAGUCAGAGACUGAAAGAAUUGAUAGGAUCCUGCUGGCCUGGACUAAAGCAAGUGAUGAAUGGAAGGAGAAAGAAAAGAAGAUGAAGCUGGAAAUUGAACAGCUGAUGGAAGAAGGAGAGAAGCUGAAAGCGAUGAAGCAGAAAGACGAAGAGCAGACGGUAGAGGUGAAGAAGGAUCUCCUAGAAAUGAGAGUGGUCCAGAAAGCAGUGGAUCUGAUUCAGAAGUCUGAGACUGAAAAAAGAGACAGAAUCCUGCAAGCCUGGACUGAAGCAAGUGAUGAAUGGAAGGAAAAGAUGGAGAUGGUGAUGAAAUAAAGAGAGAAGGAGAAGAAGGAGAUGGAAAAGAGGAGGGAAGAGAGGAAGAAAAAGAAGGAGUUGGAAAAGAUGAGAAACGAGAGAGAAGCCAAGGUCAUGGAGGAAAAGAAGAAGAAAGAGCAGAAAGAGAAGGAGGAGAGAGAGAUGGAGGAGAUGGUGCAGAAAAUGGAAGCACUAACCCUUGACAACAGCUGGCAAAAGACUCGCCUCAAGAUGAGGAGAAGAAAAAUAGUUCCAUUUAUUCAUCUUUUCUGAUUUCCAAUUUCUUCUGAUCCCUCUUUUAAGAUUUCAAUAAAUCAGUUUUUAUUGAAACUG